AGGCCAGUGCAAAACCCUAAGCCGGUGGCGCUCAACGCUUCCGAUUUCGAGGCUUACAGUGAGCCAUCGAAUCGACAGAGUUGCUGGUCGAAAUGACGUCGUGAGAAAUUCGAUGCGGGAGUGAUUGGGACCGGGUGCAGACAUGGAGGGCAUGACGGUGGUUCACGCCAAAAUUGGAGUGUUCUUACAUCCGUCCAGAGCAGCCAAUGUGAGGCAGGGCGUGCAUGAAAUCCUGAACUCUCUUCUCCUCAAGUUCAACGAGGAAUUUGACGGUGUGGUAUUGGGAUAUUUGAAACCUAAGAUAAUUGGACAAUCUGCGAGGAUCCUUGCCGGUCUCACUCCUUAUUUCCAUGUAAACUUGACAGCGAAGCUGCUCAUCUUCUCACCUUCUCCGGGAAUGUUGAUAGAGGGGAAGGUGAAUAAGAUCGAGAAAGACUAUAUCGGAGUUGUUGUCCUUGGACUGUUUAACGCCGCCAUUGGCGUUAGCGACAUCCGAGAAGAUCUUUACUAUGACGAAAAUCCCCAAGGACGAGCCUGGGUCAGCGAAUCUGAUGAGAGACACUCAAUAAGGCUGGGAAGUACCAUUAGGUUUGCAGUCAAAAGCUUGCAGGAAACUGAACAUAUUAUCGAUUUAUGUGGAUCUCUAGCAGAUCCGAAAACGGGUUGUGUUAACUGGAUUGAACUACCCUCCUUGACUCCGAGAAAGAAGUCCAAGUCAAAGUCAGCCGAAGAUAGAUCUACCCAUGAUGCGGACAGGAAGCAUAAGACCCCGAAGAAAGAGAAGUUGCUGUUGAAGUCUGAAGGAUCUUCAGAUGCGAAUGAUGUGGGGACAGCACUUAAGACACCGAAGGAGGAGCAUGGUGUGCAUAAUUCUUACGAGACUCCACACUCAAAUGAUGUAGCCAGAAAGGUCAAGACACCCAAGAGCGAGAGGGACCAUGCAAAUUCUUUUGAAACUCCAGACGUCUAUAAGAAGAAGAAGCGCGGACAUGUGCUAGAGGAGCCUAUCAAACCAAUGGUGAUUGAUUUAGAACCAGACGUAAUGCCGACACCUUCCACUUCCAGUGGUCAUAAACAUAAGAAGAGGAAAGAAGCGGAGAGUGUGCAAACUCCAGACGGGGUUCACCAUAAGAAAAAGAAAAAGAGAAGGGAUGUUGUGGAUACUGUGUAGUGUGAACACUACAGCGCACUGGCUUAAGUAGUUAACUAUUCUUGCGGGAUCUGUGUAUAGUUAGAUAGAGAGGUCUGCUCAUUCUUUCCCGGAGUUUCGUAGCUGUAGGUCUAAGAACCUUCUGUAUUAUAGAUGAGAAUGAAAACAAUCAUACCCUUUCGAAGGAGGUGAAACGGUUUUGAAGGUUGGUAAAUCAGCUAUCUGGUGCUGACCUGUAGUGGUUUUUGGAUGACCAAAGGAGACAGUCGGGGUGCCAUCCCCUGGGGAAAUGUUCACGAAACUUACGCCUUGUCUAAGUUAAACCCAAAAGUGUUGAAGUUACAGGUGUUAUGUACCGUCCAAGAGUGGAUAAAUCGAAAGAAAUUUACAGUGGUCUGUAGUCUGGAAAUGCGACUCUUUUAUUUUUCAAGGAAUUGAUAAUGGGUCUCCUCGGACUUCAGACGAAGUGCCUCCAGC